UCACUCGCCAUCACAUCACCCCGCUUUAAUGCGCAGCGGGGCACUGACUUUACACUCGUGUGUCUUCUGUGUUUAUUAUGGUCUGUUUCUGGAAUGUCCGCUCCUGGGACUGGGACCAUGUUUUCUGGCGCAGUGCGGGUGUCUCGGCGUCCAGGAUCGGGCGGGUCGCAGUAGGGCUCCACAAUUGUUGAGUGACCGAACACAAUUCCCGGCCGGGGAGAGCGCCGCAGCCAGGUCCACUUCGGGCUGGGGCGGGGCGGGGCGGGGCUUUCCCGGGGCGGGGCGGGGCUUUCCCGGCCCCGCUCAGGCCCCGCCCCAGCGCGCACCCGCUCCCACCUCGCCUCUCGGCAGAGCCGCCGGGGGUCAGACUGUGCUUUUCCCUCUCGCUUCCCUCGCUCUUUCUGCAGCCGCCACGAAAACCCGGAACGGCGGAGCCACCGAGCGGCGGAGCGGCGCCGCCCCUCGCGGCACCUCCCUGGCAGCCCUUGGAGGCCGCGCUGGGCAUGCUCAGUCGGCUGGGCCGCCUCAGCUUUCGGAGUAGGAAGCUCGGGCGCUCGGGCUGUGAGGAGCCGC